UUUCUUGCUGGAAAAGAAAGGAACAAGCAACAUUCAGAGUGGUGUUAUCCAAACAUUACCUUCUCCUUAAGUGUCAGCAGGAGGUGUGGUGUGGAGACAAAUCCCAGCCUCCCUGGUGCAGCUGUUCCAUCCUGCACUCCAUGGAUGCUCCACGGAGCGUGGUCUGCACGGAAACCUCACGGCUGUCACCUUGGGAAUCCCCUCUGCAUCAACCUGAGCUCUGUCAGUGCUGUCAUCCCAGAGAUCUUGGCACGGCCCCCACUCGAUUCCACCCCGAGGAAGGAACAAAAUCCAAGGGCUAUGAAGUUCAGAGGCUUCAAAAUGUGGGAUUUCUCUUUUCCUAUUAGUUUGUAUGAGCUGGAGUAGAUCAGCCAAGACAGCAAAAGCACCCAAAAAUAUUUCAUCCCCUAUUGAAGGGUUGAGCAGCUGCUUGUUCUGAAGGAGAAAGAAGGUAAAAAUCAACUCAUUUAAUUAAAUCAAGUGAUUUAGUAAAGGUAUUUUUGACCCAAACCAUCACCAUUUUUACCAUUACCCAAGCCAUGUUUGGAUUUGGGACACACAGCUUGUACCUGGUGUGUGUCCUCAGCAGGUACUUCCAAACCCCAUGGAAUCUGUGCAGAAGCCAUUCCUGCAGUGCCAGGAUUAGAGAUUCCAAUCAAUACAUCUUCCCAGAACUCAAUUUAAACCCUGCACCCUCCACUUACCACUGUUUCCUUUCCCUGUAUUCCUUUAAAACUGCACAUGCUCUGCUCAUACAUUGGACAUCUUUAGGAAUUCCAGAGGAUUUGGGAUGUUUGCAGUAAUGACAUUUACCCUGCACUGUAAAGUACUCACAAAGACACAGCAAGGGUGAUGGAAGGUUCAGUUCCUCAGCACGAUUAAUUACUGUUUAUCUUCAAAAAAUAUCACCACAGGGCUUGUAAAUGUUUUGUAUUUGACAAAUAAAUCCAACCCCCAGCACAGCACACCAGAAUCCAAGGGGAUUUGAUUUGCUCAUAUUCCUGUGUAGGAUCUGGCUUUAAAUUCAUCAACCUUUAAAAGAAAAAUCUGGAGCACAUUUCACAAAUGAUGUAUCGUUAAAAUUCACCAAAGAUGUAUCUCUAAAAUGGAUUUAAAGCAAUUUUGUAUAAAUAAGUAUUUAAUAGAAGAAUUUUGGAGUGAUCCCUCUCAAAACCAGUAAGUAACUUUAUUUGCUGGCAGUUGUCCCCUUCCAGCUGUACAGCAGGUGCAUCAGGAGCAGCACCAGGAACUGCUCCUGCCAGGGAAUUCCUUUCAUUUCCUUCCAAGCUCACAACUCGCUGGCUCUGAGAUGGUGCCAACAGAUCAAACCGAUGAACUCUGGAACAAAUGUGAGGCAACACGUGCUGAACACGCUCCACAGGGAUUUCAGAUCCAUCUCUCACACUCUGCUUCAGCCCGGGAAUCACGGAGUGCGGACAUGCUUGGCAGGACAAAGGUGGGAAAUUCUCCUAUUCGCUGAAGACUGACAAUUCCAAUAACCAUGAUAUCGUCCAAUUUAAAGAUUUUAAAGUAUCUUAAGGCUAGAUGUAUAGAAAAAUUAAUCCUUUUACUCUUUAAAGCUACCAGCAGAAAUCAUUUGGAAAUAUAUUCCUGUCCCUGGCCCCAGGGUCAGGUUGGAUGGAGCUCUGAGCAACCUGGUCAGUGGAAGGUGUCCCUUCCCACGGCAAGGGGUGGAACUGGAUGAUCCUUUAGGUCCUUCCAACCCAGUUCAGCCAGUGAUUCCAUGUUUUUCUCCCUGCGCUUUACCAAUCUAGGGGAAAUUCUGCAAGACGCCGGGGUAACAAUACUCUAAGAACUGAUUUAAAGGACUUUCCAACAACCACUUGCUCUCCUUUCUGCCCGCCCGAGCCACCCCGGUUCUCUGUUCCAGGCUCUGGAUGCAGCAGCGCAGGGAGGGCUGUGCGAGGGGCUCUGCUGAGCCCGGGCAGAGUUAAAGCCCUCCCAGUGGAUUUUAUUAAAAUCGGGCACCGGAGCCGCGGCCAGAGGGGUCCCCCGCUCCCAUUCCCAUUGCAAUUUGCCAUUACCGUGUCCCUCCUGGCGCUGCGGGCAUCGGGAAGCGGCGCCUCCCCUUCCGCCUCCCCGAGCGCCGGGAGCGGCCCCGCCGGUCCCCGCCUUCCCCCGCCGGGAUCCCGGGGGAUCCCGGGCGAUCCCUCCCGAGCUAAGGCCGGGCAGGGCCGGGAGGAGCAAGCGGCGCUUCCUCCCCGUCCUGCCUGUGCCGCUGGAAUGGCCCCGGGGAGGAUCCACUGCCUCCAUCGCAGCAUCCACCUCACUUUAGCGAGGCGCGGAGUGGAAUAACCUGCCCGGGCAACUCGGCCACCUGCAGAGUUUACACAAAGCUGCCGGGUUUGGUUUCUGUGCGCAGUUUUAGGCGCAGAUUAGUUGGUGCUAAAUCAGCUGUCCCCGGGUUUAUGGCUCGGGGUUAUGCAAGCGAACCUGCAGGCAAACCCUACACACGAGCCCGGCCGGCCAAACACACCUUUGGACAAAGCAAAGGUGGAUGUUCCAUCCGUGCUCAGGAGCAAAUACGGGGUUAGAACCCGGCAGCGGGAGCUGCAUCACACCCUGUCCUGCGGAUUGAUCUCACACUGGUGGUGAGCUCUGAAGCAGUGCAGGGAAUCCUCACUGGAAGUGGCUCUGGAUCACAGGAUCCUGCUCUGAACCGAACUCGUGUGGGCUCUGCUACAGUUAGAGAUGACCAGACCACAGUGCCCUCCCAGGGCAGCUGCUCCGUGCUGGCCUUCACUUUAAUUAGCUGGUGAAAAUCAGGCUCUGCUUGAUCACUGCUGUGAGGUGACAGCCUGAUGUUAGAAAUGACAGUGGUGACCUUAAACACUGAGCACAGCUGGAGCAAGCACAGAGCAGAGAACUGUGUGAGCUUCAAAUCACAGCACCAUCCAUUCCCUGCCAGGCUUUGCCCUUGCUCAAGACACCAUGUUUCCUCAGAACUGCACACUUUUCCAGGGAAUUCUGAUUCAUUUGACUGUAUUACACAUCAGAGAGUUGCCUCCCCAUCUUUCAGUUCAUUCCUAUACAUUAUUUAUAAGGAAACACAAACCCUUCCUUCCCAGAUUUAAUACAUCGUGACCUGCUCCUGCAAAAAGUCCUCCACGUAAUCCAUACGUGUUAUUAGCGAUGAAAAAUGCACAGCACUGAGCACUGUCAUCUUUUGUUGCCCCCAAUUAGUUCUGGUCUAACCCUUUUAGCUUCAAGAGAUACCAGAUUAUAACUUGUCUGGCAAGGCUGAGGUUGGUUUUACGCAACGUGUAAUAUGUGAGCAAUCAAUGUCGUAAUUAUUGGAAUGAUUGUCCUAUCAGUCAGCAGCUCGUUUGGCCAUCAAGACCUUCACAUCUUUUUGCUGAUUAUGUGUGUUCUGAAGCAAGGACUGCAGCACUUGGUAUGUGUUAGGCCUGCCCAGCGUAGGUCUGUCUACUGUCUGAAAAAUGGAGACUCAAUAGGAAUUCAAUAAUAAUAGUCUAAAUUUUCUAUCUCCUCUUGUUUUAUUUUACUGCUUAGAAUGCUGGCAAAAGAAAUGAUCAAGACACAGUUAUUUCCCUGAUUCUUGUCUUGUCCCUUUACUGAAGGAAAUCUUCAUCAGUGGACAAGCACAAAGCAGAGCAGAAUGAAGAGGUUUUUGAUUUCAGGCGGCAGAGUCUCAGCGAUGAGUGGUUUGUAAGGUCUGCAUUUACUCAUUAUACCAUCACACAGAGUGCAGUUAAACUCGUUCAUGCAGACAGAACCCCCGCUCACAGCCCUGGCAGGAGGAGGCAGUGCUGUGGUCAGAGGCAGCCGGAGCAGAGCCCACCUUUCAAGUUCUCUUACAGUUUGAUUGAGUCCCUGGGCCUGGGGAGACUCCGAUUAGAACCCACUGAUCACAGAGUCACACUGAGCUAACAGGGACCCAGCAGGGUCAUCGAGUCCAACUCCUGGCCCUGCAAAGGACACCCCAAGAAGGACACUUUGUGCCUGAGAGCGUUGUCCAAACCCUCCUGGAACUCUGGCAGCUUUGGGGCCCUGCCCACUGCCCUGGGGAGCCUGUUCAGUGCCAACCACCCUCUGGGGGAAGAACCUUUCCCUGAGAUCCAACCUAAACCUCCUCAACUCAGCUCCAGCUGUUCCCUCGGGUCCUGUCACUGGUCACAGAGUGAAGAGAUCAGUGCCUGCCCUUCUGCUGCCCCUCAGGAGGAUGGUGAAGACCCCAGUGGGGUCUGACCUCAGCCUCCUCCAGCUGAACAGACCAAGUGCCCUCAGCUGCUCCUCUUGUGGCUUCCUCUCCAGACCCUUCCCCACCCUUGUGGCCUCCUUUGGAUUCCCUCUAAUACCUUAAUAUCCUUUUUAUACUCUGGUGCCCAAAACUGCACACAGAACUCAAGGUGGCAUCAGUUUGUUGCUGAGACAUGCACUUUGAGGGCACCUUGUUAGGUUAUGGAUUGAUAAGCGUGGACAAACCUUAGGAUUUCCCCUCCUCACUGGCUGUGUUUAUACACAGUUCCUUUCCCAAAAUGGAUGUGGACACAGGGAAUUGAUCUCUGAGCACGCAGACUUUCCCCAGCCCACGGAUCAGGGAGCGCAGCCAGGCUGCUGGGCCUGGAAGUGUGGAUGUUCAGACCUGCUGGAAGGCAGCAACCUUUGUGCCCGUGACCAAUUGGCAGGUUACUCAUGGUGUCCCACCCACAGGCUUGGCACGGAGGGUGCACCUUCAGGAACGCUGCUGGGCUGUUAUCAACCCGAUAAACCACGGGCUGUUUGCACAGAGGUUUGUCUGACUGCAGAGCACGGAGCUGCUUCUUCCCCUUCCUGCCUCUUUGUGCUUCAUCUCCCGGAGGAGGAAAGACAUCGAUGCAAAUUGGCUUCAGGGGAGAGAGGGGGAACAUCCCAGCCUGGCUGGAGAGGGGAACUGCAGGGCAGAAAUGGGCCACCAGAACACCAAACCCCGCAGAGUGAAGCAGGCCAACAUAGUGAUGCUGGGGCUGGACUGUGCAGGGAAAUCCACGCUGCUGUACAAGCUCAGGUACAAAGAUGCUUUCCUGACCGUCCCGACCAUCGGCUUUAACGUCGAUAUGAUUGAAAUCGGGCAGGAUUUUACGCUGACGUUUUGGGACGUCGGAGGGCAAGAGAAAAUGAGGCAGGUCUGGAGCAAUUUCCUGGAGGGUGCAGAUGGACUGCUGUACGUGGUGGACAGCUCGGAUAAGCGACGGCUGGAGGAGUCCAGGAGGGAGUUUGAGCUCAUCCUGAAGAACGACUCCAUAAGGGACGUGCCGGUCGUGGUGCUGGCGAACAAGCAGGACUUGCCCGGGGCUUUGAACGCUGAGGAGAUCACCAGGAGGUUCAAGAUGAAGAAGUUCUGCAGUGACAGGACAUGGUACGUGCAGCCCUGCUGUGCCAUCACGGGAGAGGGGCUGGCAGAAGCUCUCCAAAGGGUGGCCACGUUCGCCAAACAGUACAGCAGAUCCAAGGAGUCCUUCACAAUCCUGAAGGAAAUCUGAACACUUUAAGGAUUUCUGGCAUCAAACUCUGGAGGAUGUUAACGUGUUUUGUUGGACAGACCAAACCUGGAAAUAUUGGAGCCUGGAGAACUGUUAUACAUAAAUAUUUAUAAAGAACUUUGACACUAUUGAGGUCUACUGUUAUACUCGGCAGCAUUUUAUUAUUUUUUUUUUUAUUUGCUGGGGGUUGUUCAGCUCAGAAAUGUGGCUGCUGAACGAUGAGAAAGGUGGACUUGAGCACCUGGAAACAAAAUAGGUGAGAAGCGUUUAAAUCCCUUAAAAUCAGGUCAUUUUGUAAGAUGCAAACGAGCCAAGUAAUUUGUUCAGCAAUGAUAAAAUGCUGUUUUGUAAUAAAUACUCUGUGGAUGUAUUUCUUUUAUAUGUAUAUUUAUAUAUAUUAAUAUGAAAUAGUGGGUUUAGAGGUUAAAUGCUUAAUGAGGUACAAGAGAACUUGUUGGCUAUUACUGCAUUCUAGAAACAAUUACUCCAAGCAGAUUUUAACAAGCAGGAUCUGCCCCUCAAUCAGCCUCAAUCUGCAUUUCUGUGCAGAUUUCCUGCUGGCUGAAGGAGGGAAUUAGUAUUCUGAAUUAAGGCAGUGAAGGAUUGAUAACUGGAAGACUAAUUGAACUCUAUCAACCAUGGAAACAGUUUAAGGCUGACAGUUUAAGGGCCUGCUCUGUAAAAGCAGGAGAAAAGAGAUCAUUGAACUGUUGAUUGUACAGUCCCAGAAAAUCCAGCCCAAUUCCUUCUGCCUCCUUGGCAGAAGAUGGGAUGCCCCAGUGCUUAGGAUGCUUUCCUAGAUACCUGGAUUUUUUUAUCCCCUACUCCUGCCACAGUCUUUGACCACGGACAAGUCAUUCAACCUCAACAGCACCUCAGGAAAAUGAACUUCCCAGUCACGGGCUCUGGAAAAGUCGUGGCCAUGACCCUGGAAAAGGGGUCCUCUUGUGCACCUUUUUUUUUUUUUUGGUGACAAAAUGAUGAUGCCAAGUCAUUCACAGAGGAAAACUGGGUUUCAUUCUUACUAAUAAACAGGCAGGAAUUUCAAGUUCCAGGAGGGUGAAACAGCAAUAAAGUCACCCAGCCCUCCCCUGGUGUCUCAUGAAUAUAUUAUUCAAAGGGCAAAAAAUCAUCAGGUGAAUUUGCUGAAAUAGUAAACAAAGGGAGGUUUCUCAAACAGAAGCUGUUGUUACUGCUGAGACUGAUUACCAGGGGCUAAGUCCUGACUCACCUUGAGCCAAAAGGAGAGCAGGGAUCUGGAUUUCUCAUUGCCUGGGCUGAUGAUUUCAGUUCAAUACAAAAUAUCGUCUUCUGUCCCCAGGAAGAUCUUUAAAAGUCAUUAACAUGAGUUUUCCAAACCCAGCACAAUUCAAUGCUAAAAGAAGUAAUAUUUCAAAUCAAUACAUUCCUAAGCAUUUGCAUUUUAUGGUAUAUAUUGAAUUCUCUUAAUCCAAUCAUGGGUCUGUUAUAAACCUCAAUUUAGUUCCAUGGACUCGGGACUCCCUCAGGGAGAAACACUCUGGAGAGAUUUAAUGAGGGUGCACCAGGGUCUCUAAUUAGACAAGAAGCAAGUUCUGAAGGGAGAAAUAAAGUCCUAUAAUAGACCGGCUCAUACAGCUAAAAAUGAGAACAAGCUUUCAGGCACACAGGCCCUUCUGCAGGUUAUCAAAUUACAGCAAAUGACACAUCAGCUUGAAGAAAUAUUUUACAUUAUGCUUUAAAGGAGAGAAAUAAACCCUAUUCCAUUCACUUUACGGAAUAUCAAGUACUUAAAAAUUGAAUUUUCUAAGAGCUUGGUUUCCCAGAGAAGUGAAGCCUGUUAUAUCUGCCCAUGGAGACCCCAACCUUUGGGAAUAAUUUUGAAGCUUUAAAAUAAAUAUCAAUCGAGCUGGAGGUGCAGGUUCUCAAAGGAAUCACAUGCCUGAAUGUUCAAUUAAAAACAAAGCAGUGAGACAGAGAAAAGUGACCACAGCAGUGCCCCCAGUGAGGGCAAGGCUGAUGAGGAACAAAAGGAAUCCCCAGGGAGAUAAAUGUUCCCUCUGAGCCACAGCAGAGCCAAGGGAUCAUCAAUCCACAGAGCCUGCCUUUAAUUAGUUCCUUUGCUGGUUGGUCUUUUCCAUCCUGCAGGAAUAAGCAGAAUCCUCAAGGGCUUCCUUAGGUGCUCCGUGGUGAAAUCACACCCAAAGGUGCUUCACAGCUUCAUCCUGCUCCAGAGAGUUUGGGAUCUUUGGAGCUGCUUGGCUGAGCAAGAUGAGCAGAAUUGUGUGUUGGAGUUUCAGAGCACAGCAGAGUGGAAUUCUACUGCUGCUAAAAAUGCAUUCCACAGCACCAUAAGCAAAAGUUAUUCCUGGAUAGGUUUUUUUGUAUUUUAUUUCAUUAUUUACAAUUUUAUAGGUCACUCACUAAAAGCAAUUUUAGGAUUUGUGGAGGCUUUGGGAAGGUGAGAACUUGGAAUAUUGAGCACCUGCCCUGUGUGGCAGUGAAAAGGGGCAGAAGGAUCUGUGAGACCCAGGGCAUGCAGGACCCUGUGCCCUCUGACAGAUUGUCCAUGAGGACAGUGUAAAUGUUGAGGAUGGGGGCCUGCCCUUUUGGCCACUUGUUGACAGGAUCACUGUGGUGUGAAGUCACGAUGGGCUUCCUGAGAUCUGAAAUAACUCAUGGAAAUGCUGUUUUAAGGGAAGGUGUGGAGCACUCCAGGUUUGGAUGGUAAUAGUCCCUCCUCCUUUGCCUGGAAGACAACUCUCCAGUAAAUGGAGCACUGCAGAUCCAGAGGCAAGUGUGAUGUCUGAGGAAUUCAGGACUACUGCAAAGGGAGACAACAAUCCCUUGAAGUGCUGCAUAAACAUUAAAGAGCUCAAAGCAAGUUUUCCUCCCAAAGCAAAUGACCCAAGCCACAAUCAGGCUUCUUCCACUUCUAAUUAGCUCAAGUAUUUCUGUUCAGCACAAGAUUCUGGACACGGAUCUCCUCAGAUCCCACAGCCUGGAUUAUCCAAGGCUCUGUAAUUUAGGAUGGAAGCUCUGGAGGGUGGAGGCCCUGCUUCCAAAGCACACACCACGCUGCAGGGACCAUUUGCAAAUGUAAAUUCAUGAACGGGGACAAGUCCAAACCCAUGUGAUUUUGAAGGGAUUUUAGCAGACUGUGCAUCACUUUGUGUUCCUGCAGGUGUCCCCCCAGCAGAGCUUUCCCCCCUUCCCGUCCUUCACCAGGUAUCCCAAAGGCAAGGUCUGUUUUCCUGCUCUCUUUAUCAGAUUUCCAGGGUGCUUUUGUGCUCGUUCUCAGGCCACUCCUCGUGCCUGGAAUUACCCAAACACUUUUACAAUCCCAUGGCAUUGUUUUUCUCCGGGUCCUUCCUCCAAGCACUCCUUUCCCACGAUGUGUGCAAAGCUCCUGCCGAUGGCUGGGAGGGUUUUAUGACCAGGCCCUGACCCAUAUCUUUUGAUGAGUAGUUUUUAUUAUUUCCUUGUUCUCCCCAUAUUUAUUCAUCUGUUCCCUUGUAGGGCUGUCUUUGGUGCAAAGAUCACCUUUUUGUUCUGGGUUUCUGCACUGCUGAGAAGUUUCUAGCUCUUAUAUUUCUGCUAAAAGUAGCCCGAAUCUGGUGAAAUAUCUGCUAAAACAAGGAAUUUUGUGAC